CAGCAUACCAUCACCAACAAAAACAGUACCUUCCACAUCAGUAAAAUGAAGUUCUUUGCUAUCGCUUCCCUCGGUCUCCUCUCCAUCUCUGGUCUGAGCAGCGCCUAUCCCAUCUACAAGGCAGAUGUCGUUAACUGCCGCUCAUCUCCCAGUGCCUCGGGCACAGUCGUCACAACGUACAAGAUUAACACGGACAUCAACAUCAGCUGCCAGAUCUCAGGCCAAAAUAUCAAGGGCAACUCGCUUUGGGACAAGACCCAGGAUGGCUGCUAUGUUUCCGACUACUACAUCAAGACCGGGUCUUCUGGAUAUGUUUCUGGAAGAUGCAAUGAUGGAUCCACUGGCGGCGGUUCUACUGGUGGCGGCUCCACUGGUGGGGGUGGCGCACCUGGCGAUAUGAAGGAUGACUAUCCGCUCAAGAGCAGCAGCUGCACAGGAUAUGACGGUUAUCUCUACGCCAAGUGCCAGUGCACGUCGUUUGUCGCCUGGCGCAUCAACUCGCGCCUGGGUAUCAGUUUCCACAACAAGUACAAGGGCAAGGCAUGGGGAAAUGCCAACCAGUGGGAUGAUGCAGCCCGUGCUUCGGGUGUCACUGUGAACAACACCCCGACGCCUGGCUCUAUUGCGCAGACCAACAGUGGUGGUGGUGGCUAUGGCCAUGUCGCCUGGGUCGCUAAGGUUGAUGGCGACAAUGUUGUGAUUGAGGAGUACAACUACCGUGUCCGUAAGGGCUAUGGCACCCGUACUGUUCCCAAGAGCGCAUUCCAGUACAUCCAUCUCUAAGAUCGAGAGCUGCCCUGGAUUUCUAUUUCUGUAAGAUAUUUUACAAUCAAAAGCCAUUUACUCCUAGAUCUUGGCAGCAGCAAUGUCU